CAUCGCUCUGCGGUCCCCCUGCUCCCAGAGCCUGCCCGGGCGCGGCCUUGGUAGCGGCUGGCUCCGGCUCUCCGGGGGUUGCUGCCCACCGCGUCUUCCCCGUCCCGUCGCAGGUGAUCUCUGGGUCUGUCAUCGCAGGCGGGGGAAGGCGGCGGUGUUCCCUUCACAGGGGAGAGAGCAAAGGCGCUGUCUUCUGCGCGGAGGUUGGAAGGGAACUGUCACGAGUUACGUUUGAAUUGCGGGUGUUUUUCACCCUUGGUGUGUGCCCGGGAGUAGUGUCUGUGUAAGGAGUGGCCGUAUCCUUCUGGCACUGAGCAGUCGCGGUCAGGGUUUGGGGCGCAGGACGUCCCGGCGCUGCUCUGGCUGGAACAGCAGUACGCGUGAGGAGGGAGGCUCACAGCCGCCCUCGUAGUCCGUAUUGGAUCAGUGAUGAGUGGUGAUGAAGCUGCAGCUUCCAGUGGGUUUAAACACGUUGCCUGUGACUGUUGGUGAGGAUCCUGUGAGGAAUGUUCUCUGGUUUUCUGCUUGCUGACCGAUAUGUGCACCUUGCUCUCUCAUUUCCCGUAUUACACAGAGAAGUGACUAUAUAUUGGUUUCUGGCGGUGGGAUGGGGGUAGUAUUUUCCCUUUGGUGGGAACGCUAAAGCAUAGAAAGGCUGAUAGAUUCCACAGCUAGUGUGUUGUACAGCACCUAAAACCUAUGUGUCUCUGGAGCUCAUGCCAGGUACAAUGCUAAGCUUUUCAAUAGUUUUAAUUAGACCAAUACUGCUGUGACAGAAGCAGUUGUUAUGGGGUUUUUUUCCCCCCUUGAAACAAAAGUUUUUAUUUUUCUGUAUAUAUAUAUAUACAGAUUUUUAUAUAUAUAUAUAUAUAUACAUCUAAUGUAAUUUCAGAGACUUGCUUGUAGCUGUUAUCUUGCUGGGCUAUAGUCAGCUGCUGAAAUAUGAACACAUUUUCCUACAAAACUGUUUGACUUCAUAGUGGCAUUUUUAAUGUGUGUGUGUGAAGGUACACCCUUGUUGUAUGUUCAUCAUUUAAAAAUCAAACUAUUAGUUUCCUUUAUAUUGAAGAAAUAAUGCAAAUUUUACCUGAAGUAUGUGUUUCAAGGAAAACUUUCAUGAACUCUGGUGUUCAAAUACAGUCUAAUCACCUCUUUGAAUAAUACUGGUGAAAUGAACAGCAGCAAAACAUACCCUGAUUUACAAGGGAGAGGGAUGUGGAAGACUAAGACUCAGCCUUACAUAAAGACCCUGACCAAAGUUUCUCUUGAAACUUAGUAAAUGAUGCCUCUCUGUUUUCUUUCCUGAGGAUAUGUGAAUAGCAAAAGAAACUGGGCUGAAGGUGCUUACUGUAUAAAGCAACAAGCAGAAGUCCAUUGAGAAGUCAUGUGAAUGACUUGCAGGGCACCUGAAAUGGCUGCAGAUGACAAACGCUCUCCGACACUGGACUCUACCAGUGAUCUACCUCGUUCUCCCAGCAGCCCGUCUCAUCUCACUCACUUCAAACCCCUGACUCCUGACCAGGAUGAGCCUCCCUUUAAAUCAGCUUACAGUUCUUUUGUAAAUCUCUUCCGUUUCAGCAAAGAUGAUGGCAGGCUUUCAUCCCCAGCAGAGAGAGCAGAGGCAGGACAGAGUGAUCCACAAGCAUUGAGUGGUGGCUGGUCCAGUCCUCAGCAUCCCACGAGGGCUCAGUCUCUGAGAUCACCAAUUCCUUACAAAAAACAACUGACUGGUGAGCUGCAAAGAAGAUCUUCUGCAACGGCAACUCUGGACAAUCGAAGGAAAGUUGAACCACCUCUUGGAGGUCAUGAUCCUCGAACUGCAGUCCAGUUAAGAAGCCUCAGCACUGUUUUAAAACGCCUCAAAGAAAUCAUGGAGGGGAAGAGCCAGGACAGUGACUUGAAGCAGUACUGGAUGCCUGACAGCCAGUGCAAAGAAUGUUAUGACUGUAGUGAGAAAUUCACCACCUUCCGGAGGAGGCACCACUGUCGACUUUGUGGGCAGAUCUUUUGUAGUCGAUGCUGCAAUCAGGAAAUCCCUGGAAAAUUCAUGGGCUACACAGGGGAUCUCCGAGCCUGCACUUACUGCCGUAAAAUAGCCUUAAGCUAUGCACACUCCACAGACAGUAACUCCAUUGGAGAGGACUUAAAUGCCCUGUCAGAUUCUGCUUGUUCUGUGUCUGUGCUGGAUCCUGGCGAGCCACGCACACCGGUUGGGAGCCGCAAAGCCAGCCGCAACAUCUUCCUGGAGGAGGAUCUGACCUGGCAAAGUUUGAUUCACCCAGACUCUGCAACUACCACAUUGUCUGCACGCCUUGGGUCUGUCCAGGAGGAUGCAGGGAAGUCACCAGCUAGAAACAGGUCAGCCAGCAUCACUAACCUGUCUCUGGAUCGGUCAGGGUCACCCAUGGUGCCUGCCUACGAGACGUCAGUCAGCCCCCAGGCCACUCGCACUCAUAUGAAGGCAGAGACCAGCGAGGAUGAGCGCAAAAUCCUUCUGGACUCGGUCCAGCUGAAAGAUCUGUGGAAGAAAAUCUGCCAUCAUAACAGUGGUAUGGAAUUUCAAGACCAUCGCUACUGGCUGCGGACACAUCCCAACUGUAUUGUGGGAAAAGAGCUGGUCAACUGGCUCAUGAGAAAUGGGCACAUAACCACAAGGGUCCAGGCCAUUGCAAUAGGACAAGCAUUGGUUGAUGGACGUUGGCUGGAAUGUGUCAGUCAUCAUGAUCAGCUCUUCAGAGAUGAAUAUGCUCUCUACAGACCGUUGCAGAGCACAGAGUUCUCAGAAACCCCAUCUCCAGACAGUGACUCUGUGAACUCCGUAGAGGGCCACUCUGAACCAUCCUGGUUCAAAGACAUCAAGUUUGAUGACAGUGACACAGAGCAAAUUGCUGAUGAAGGGGAAGACAACUCAGCCAAGUACUUGAAUCCUGAAAACGGAGGGCAGCAGAUGUUCUCUAUAAGUGACGCUUUUAUUAAAGAGUCGUUAUUCAACAGGAGGGUGGAGGAGAAGUCCAAAGAACUCUUAUUCACACCCCUAGGCUGGCACCACAGCAAUCUGGAUCUGCUGAGAGAAGAGAAUGGGGAGAAACAAGCCAUGGAAAGACUGCUGUCUGCUAAUCACAACCACAUGAUGGCACUGCUUCAGCAGCUUCUAUACAAUGAGUCUCUGUCACUGUCCUGGAGGGAUAUUAUUGUACCCGUGGUCUGCCAGGUAGUUCAAACGGUACGGCCAGAUGUCAAGAAGAGGGAUGAUGACAUGGAUAUCCGCCAGUUUGUCCAUAUCAAAAAAAUCCCUGGUGGAAAGAAAUUUGACUCCAUGGUGGUGAAUGGAUUUGUUUGCACUAAGAAUGUUGCACACAAAAAGAUGAAUUCUUGCUUAAAAAAUCCCAGAAUUCUUCUGCUAAAAUGCUCAAUUGAGUACCUCUAUCGAGAAGAAACAAAGUUUACCUGCAUAGAGCCUAUAGUACUUCAGGAAAGGGAGUUCUUGAAGAACUACGUACAGCGGAUAGUUGAUGUCCAGCCCAAUUUGGUCCUUGUUGAGAAGACUGUGUCCAGAAUUGCCCAGGACAUGCUCUUAGAGCAUGGUAUCACUCUGGUCAUCAAUGUCAAGCCGCAAGUGUUAGACCGGGUAAGUCGAAUGACCCAGGGAGACUUAGUGAUGUCAAUGGAUCAACUGUUGACCAAACCACAGCUGGGGACCUGUCAUAAAUUUUAUAUGCAAGUUUUUCAGUUGCCCAAUGAUCAGACAAAACCCCUGAUGUUCUUUGAAGGGUGUCCCCAGCACCUGGGUUGCACUAUCAAGUUGUGUGGUGCUGCAGAGUACGAGCUGGCUCGUGUGAAGGAGAUCCUGAUCUUCAUGGUCUGUGUGGCUUAUCAUUCCCAGCUGGAAAUCUCAUUUCUUAUGGAUGAGUUUGCCAUGCCCCCUACUCUCACCAAAAACACUUCCUUCCACUCCCUUAUUGAGGAGCCAGGAGAUGAAAAUGAACAACAGAACCUCUUCAAUGGUGAGGACUUCAGCACAGCAGUCAAAGACAUUGAACUAUCCUCUGAAAAGCUGCCUGUAAUCUCUGAAUCAGUAUCCUCUGAUGAGGUGAGUUUGCCUGAACCAAGAGGUAUAUUUGACAAAGGUGACCAAGAGAGCAGUCAGGUGGAAACAGUGUCCUCCAAGCAGCAAGAGCACCACAAAGUGGAGUCACCAUUUGCAGUGUUCAGCUCUGUACCUCAUGCAAUACCUGAAACAUCCCCGCUGCCCCUCCAUGGCAUGGACCAGCACUUGGCCACUCUGGAUAACCAGGCACUAGAGCCUCUUCAACAGGCAGAUGAUUUACAGGAAUCCAAGAGUCAGAUGAGAGUCUUCAGAGACCCUCUCCAGGAUGAUACUGGUUUGUAUGUCACGGAGGAGGUAACUUCAUCUGAGGAUCGUCUCAAAACUUACUCUGCAGCAUUUAAGCAGGAGUUGAAAGAUGUCAUUCUCUGCAUUUCUCCAGUACUGAUGUUCCGCGAACCAUUUCUUUUGACUGAAAAAGGCAUGAGAUGCCCUGCCCGGGAAUACUUUCCUGAGCAAGUUUAUUGGUCUCCUCUCCUCAAUAAGGAAUACAAGGAGUUGGAGAGCAGAAGGAAGAAGCAAUUGUUGCGAGAUCUCUCUGGACUGCAAGGGAGGAAUGGGAGUAUCCAAGCCAAGGCUAUCCAAAUCUUGCCUUCUCAUGAGCUGGUUAAUACUAGAAUAGCAGAACAUCUACGUGAUAGCCAGAGCUUAGCCAGAAUGCUGGCUGACUAUCGGGCCAGAGGGGGGAGGAUACUACAGAAAAGCACAGAUCCUUUUGCCCAAAAUAAGGAUGUGUCCAGCAUCCCUACUGGAAAAACUGGGAGCAGAACUGAAGAGGAGGAAAAGGGACUGGCUCAGAGUGAAUCCUCGUGGUCUCAUAAGGUGGAUUGCCUGAGUCCAGUAAACCAUCAGAGGCUCUGUGUUCUCUUCAGCAGCUCUUCUGCCCAGUCCAGCAAUGCUCCAAGUGCCUGUGUUAGCCCCUGGAUUGUGACCAUGGAGUUCUAUGGCAAAAAUGACCUAACUCUAGGGAUUUUUCUGGAGCGCUACUGUUUCAGGCCUUCCUACCAAUGCCCCAGCAUGUUCUGUGAAACACCAAUGGUGCACCACAUUCGUCGCUUUGUUCAUGGGCAAGGCUGUGUGCAGAUUGUGUUAAAGGAGCUGGACUCCCCUGUCCCUGGGUACCAGCACACCAUCCUUACUUACUCCUGGUGCAGACUGUGCAAACAGGUGACACCAGUUGUUCCCCUUUCCAAUGACUCUUGGUCUAUGUCUUUUGCAAAAUACCUUGAGCUGAGGUUCUAUGGGUACCAGUACACUCGAAGGGCCAAUGCAGAGCCUUGUGGGCAUUCCAUUCACCACGACUAUCACCAGUAUUUUUCCUAUAACCAGAUGGUGGCAUCUUUCAGCUACUCUCCAAUCCGGCUGCUGGAAGUGUGUGUCCCACUCCCCAAGAUCUAUAUCAAACGACAGGCUCCAUUAAAAGUUACUAUUUUGCAGGAUCUCAAGGAUUUCUCACAAAAAGUGUCCCAAGUCUAUCUUGCUGUGGAUGAUCGCCUUGCUUCUCUGAAAACAGAUACUUUCAGCAAAACUAGGGAAGAGAAGAUGGAAGACCUCUUUGCUCAAAAGGAGAUGGAAGAAGGAGAGUUUCGAAACUGGACUGAGAAAAUCCAAGCUAGGCUGCUUUCAUCAUCACUGGACACACCUCAACAGCUGCAAUCUGUUUUUGAGUCUUUGAUAGCUAAAAAGCAAGGACUUUGUGAGAUGUUGCAAGCCUGGAAUAAUAGAUUGCAGGAUCUCUUCCAACAAGAGAAAGGGAGAAAACGUCCAUCAGUACCACCCAGCCCUGGGAGACUGAGGCAAGGAGAAGAAAGCAAGAUCAGUAGCAUGGAUGCUUCCCCACGCAAUGCUUCUCCAGCGCUGCAAAAUGGAGAGAAAGAGGAUCGUUUCCUGACGACUUUAUCAAGUCAGAGCUCCUCUGGCUCCACCCAUCUACAGCUGCCCACCUCUCCAGAGGUUGCAUCAGAGCAUAUGACUGGUGCCAACACACUCUCCGAGCAGGACACAACAAGCAGCUCUGAAGAUGUGUUUGAUGGACACUCACUGGGAUCUACAGACAGCCAAGUGAAGGAGAAAUCUACUAUGAAAGCUAUUUUGGCUAACUUUUUGCCUGGAAACAACUAUAACCCCAUUCCCUUUCCCUUUGACCCAGAUAAGCACUACCUAAUGUAUGAGCAUGAACGUGUACCUAUUGCAGUCUGUGAGAAAGAACCAAGCUCCAUCAUAGCUUUUGCUCUCAGUUGCAAGGAGUACAGAAAUGCCCUGGAUGAGUUGUCCAAAGCAUCUCUGAAGAACAGUUCUGAAGAAGGACUACAGCCAAACAGCAUGUCAGACAGCAAACCCAAGAGCAGCAGCCCUGUCCGCCUUCCUGAGGCUAACGUGUGCCCACUUCGCAAUGCAGAGCCAGAACAGCCAAAGAAACCAUCUAGUGUUUUGUCUUUUUUCCGUGGCACGGGAGGGAAGAGCCCAGACCUGUCUUCCCAGAAGAAAGAGACCUUACGUGGUGCUGACAGUGCUUACUACCAGGUUGGGCAGAUGGGCAAAGAGGGAGCAGAAAGCCAAGGAGCAGAGGCUCAAGAUGAUGGAGAUGGAGGAGAUGGACAGAAGAAACAGGUGGUGAAUCCCCAUGUGGAACUCCAGUUCUCAGAUGCGAAUGCCAAGUUCUACUGCCGGAUUUAUUAUGCUGGGGAGUUUCACAGGAUGCGUGAAGUGAUCCUGGGGAGCAGUGAGGAGGAUUUCAUCCGAUCCCUCUCUCACUCGAUGCCCUGGCAGGCACGAGGUGGCAAAUCUGGAGCUGCGUUCUAUGUGACUGAGGAUGAUAGAUUCAUAUUAAAGCAAAUGCCUCGUCUGGAAGUCCAGUCAUUCCUUGACUUUGCUCCACACUACUUCACUUACAUCACUAAUGCAGUUCAGCAGAAGAAGCCCACAGCACUGGCUAAAAUCCUUGGGGUAUAUCGAAUUGGUUACAAGAACUCUCAAAACAACACUGAAAAGAAGCUGGAUCUGCUUGUCAUGGAAAACCUUUUCUAUGGCAGGAAAAUGGCUCAGGUGUUUGACCUGAAGGGCUCCCUCCGAAAUAGAAAUGUUAAAACAGACACAGGCAAGGAAACUUGUGAUGUAGUCCUGCUGGAUGAAAACCUUCUGAAGAUGGUGCGGGACAAUCCUUUGUACAUCCGUUCCCAUUGCAAAGCUGUGCUGAAAGCCUCCAUACACAGCGAUUCCCAGUUCCUCUCCAGCCAUCUCAUCAUCGACUAUUCCCUGCUGGUGGGUCGUGAUGAUACCAACAAUGAGCUGGUUGUUGGGAUCAUUGACUAUAUUCGUACUUUUACCUGGGACAAAAAGCUUGAAAUGGUGGUGAAGUCAACUGGAAUCUUGGGAGGACAAGGUAAGAUGCCCACUGUGGUCUCUCCAGAACUGUACCGGACCAGGUUUUGUGAAGCUAUGGACAAGUAUUUCCUGAUGGUGCCAGACCAUUGGACAGGACUGGGCCUGAAUUGCUGAGCUAAAGCCCAUAUUGGGAAAGCACAAGAGGACAAUGACAUUAUAGGCCGCUCUCUUCCAGUGGUCUGUCCAGCAGCAAGCAAGAGGAUUGCAGUUCCAUGUCUACACUGACCAUGUGCAUCAUGUUGCAGAGUGUGAAAUCUGCUUGCACUUUAAUCCCCCCUUGGAGGAUAAUAAGCAAACCUGCCUCAGUAAGGAUCUAAACUGUAAGGUACCACUGAACAACAGUGAUCAGUGACAUCCCUCCUGUCAGUGGGGAAGGUGAUGCUAUCUCCUUGUAAGGAACUGAGAUUCUCUCCAGAUCCUGUUGGUGAAGAAGUACGUGAUCUCUGGAAGUCUUGCACUGCCGAAAUGGUGUUGAAUAUGCACAGCUAAUGUUUCUGUAGCGGAUACUGAAAAUGUGAAAUAAACCCCCCAAGUGUGGGUGGGGGAGAGAAGAAUGAGGUUAAUUCACAAGUUCUGCUAUUGUUGCAGUGGUCUGUAAUUGACCUAUUUAGGAUCCAUUAAUAACUUGUGCUAUUUAUGCUCCAUAGUUUUAAUUCUUGCUGGGUUCUGUAAACAGUAUUUUUUUUAAGGCAGCUCCACAUCUAUAAUGCCCUAUGACUCUGUCUUUUAAGUCAUGUUAUUGCAGUACAGCUCUGGUUUAUCUGUCAUAAUUGCAUUUUAGCUGAAUCCCAUAAAAAUGGGUUGUCAGUUAUCAGUAUACUGCAAAACUCAAAACAUAUCCCUUCAUUCUUAAACAGUACUUCGAUCUGAAUGUUGCUCAAAGUCCUGGAAACAGGUAACUAACAUACCCUUUAAUUUAACAAGCCUUGAUUAAUUAUAUUUAUGAAGCAGAUUAACCCUUUCCUUAGUAAAGGCGGUAAAUUGCUAGACAAAGUGAAGUAUACUGCUUUAGUGACAACUUUCUCCUUAAUGCAACCAUCAUUCCUGGCAGAUCACUUCAAAUCCAUUUCGGUUCCUCUUUACUUUCAAGCAAUGCAAUUACCUCAUGGUGAAAUAUUGCCAGGAGAAUGUUUUUCUUGCAUCCAUGACAUGAUUUUUUUUUGUCACGGAGAUGAAUGUAGUUGUUUUCUGUAAAAAGUAAAACCUGAACUAACAGGUAUCUUGUAUGAUGGAGAAGAUUUGCAGAGAUCUGUGAGUGUCUAUAUUAUUACAAUAAGCACUUCUUUCCAUUUUAAAAAAAUUUUUACUCAUUUUUGUAGGUGAUGAGUUUACUUUUUAGGUUCAUUAUAAUGCAGGCCAGUAAAUAAGAGGAGUUUUAACUUUGACUUCCAGUCUCUGAUGGAGGAACAUCAAAUGAACAUGAAAUCUGGGACAGGAUAGCUCUUAGUGAUCUUAGUGAUCGCUUUCUCAUUCUAACCAGUUGCCUGAUAAUGCCCUUAUCACUGUAACUAUGGAUUGAAAUGUGUAUUUUGUUCUCCUGUGUUCAGUAUUUUUUUCUGCAGCAGAUAGUAAUGGAUGUUCAGGAGUGACUAACAGUAGGCAGCACUGAGAAAGGAAAAGCCCAGCAGUGAGAACUGAGCUGUUUGCUCCAAACCAACCAGUGCAGCUCUUGCGUGAGCUGCCAGGAGGCAACAGUCAUUUGUUGGAAGGAGCCUUCCCCACCCUAUUGCAACACUGUACUAGGGGGUGAGUGAAGAUGCUGGCCUUGAAGCAGCAGAAAAGAAAGUGUACUGAUUUCCUCAGUACAAUGUGAUUGAUAGUUCUUUUUGUAGCAGUGUUGAAGGCUGCAGUGAUGUGUGCUGUGGGAAGAUGACACAGUACUCAUUGCUUCCUGUACCCAGAAUCCCUUCAGUCCAACACAGCACAUCAGGUACAGCUGAUCACCUCUGGGAUACAUCUUGCCUCUUUUGUUGAAAUGUUCUCCCAAAAUGCCUGGCUCUGUGUGUGGCCUUGUCUAAUGAGGUCAGCCAGUCCAUCAGCUCAGUGCUACUCCCACUUCAGUGGCCUCUACCUACUAUCUUGGCUCAUUGAUGAGAAAGAAGCUGCCGUGCAGCCUGUGUUCCAGUCUCAGCUGAAGUUUACAUGUGUUGUCCUCCUUCCCUUCUUAAAGUUUACAGGGAAAAACUUGCCUGUCCUGGCCAGCUAAGGUGACUCAACAGUAGCUAAUUAUGUUGCCUUCCACCUUUAUCAGUAUGUGGAUUGGUGGACGGAGGACAAGUGUGUACACGUGUGUCACAGCACCUGCACUAGGUUAAUGUGGCCUGCCAGCCUGGUCUGUCACCAGUAGCCCUUAUCCUUACCCUGGCAUGUGUGGCUGCUCUGUGCUGCUUCUCUGCCAGUCUGGAGCAGAUGGCUGUAAGCAGCUUGAUCAUCUGACCGUGGCUAAUACUCCUCUGAAUGUGACAGCAUGAGGCCCUCAGCACUGCAGAAGUGGAAGAAUCUUCCACUGUUUUGCAGCCUAUGAACAGAGCCUGAGACAUGUGAAUUGUGACCUCCUUGGGAUGAAGUUACAGCAGUUGGAGAGAUUUGCAGGAAUGAUCUUGAGCGGGCAUCAACAGUUAAUUUUUGGCCAGGAUGUGGCUGAUAGAUCAGUCCUGACUAGACUGGAGUAAAGAGUAAACUACUGGUCAUGAGUAUCACAGUAGCUGCAGUAUCAGCUGGAGCAGGGUCAUCUUGGGUGUCCUGUGAUAUAAAGCUGUAAGCAUUUCUAGUUCAAAUCCCAGCAGCUGAAUGGGUUUCCUCAAAUGUUCCAUUUCCAGUAUAAUAGUUGUCCUGACAUUUCACUUACUACUACCAAGCUUAAUUUUCUCAGAAGGAGAGCAGUACUUCAGGCAAAACAAAUCUUUGAGAGCUGCUCGGGAGGCUGUGUUUGGUCUGUGUCCCUGUAGAAUUCCUAAGGAUGAAGCCUUUGGUUCUCUCUUUAUAACACAGAUUUAGCACAUGUGUAAGUAAAUCCCAGUUGUAAACGUGACAACUGAAAUUCUUCUGAGUUACGCUGGCUCUUCUGUUGUUUUGAUCUGAGGCCUUGAGACAAAUGUCUAAAUCUUGUCCAAGUCAGAAGCAAUGACUUUGAGUCAUGAUGUGGACAGCAGAAUGCCUUGUAGUGGCCCAGGGAUGUGUUCUGUCCCCAAAAAGCUUGUGAGGGACUCUUGCUGGUAGAGCAAUUCUGCUGGACUCAGGGGUGUUACCUGUGGAGUCUCCUCUGAGAAGACCAAAACCACAUGAAUUGCUCACUAGCUGGUGGCCAGACUAGUCAUUAUUCAAAGCACUUAAUGUACUAUAAUGUAUGCAUUUCUAUUCUAACUUGGUUCAGCUGUAUUUUAUAAAAGUGAUGUACUAAACUAUUUGAGAAUAAUUGCCUUGACUACUUGGAGAAGCAAAAUGUAAUGUAUAUAGAUACAAAUAAAGUAACUAAAAUAUA